AUGGAUCGACCUGUAAUUGUUGUUGGGCCAGGAAUGGAUAUGCCGAUUAUGCAUGAUAGCGAUCGUUAUGAACUUGUUCGCGAUAUUGGUUCUGGGAAUUUCGGGGUUGCUAGGCUUAUGAGAGAUAAACAAACUGAAGAACUUGUUGCUGUUAAGUAUAUUGAGAGAGGUGAAAAGAUUGAUGAAAAUGUACAAAGAGAAAUUAUAAAUCACAGAUCAUUGAGGCAUCCGAAUAUUGUUAGGUUCAAGGAGGUUAUAUUGACUCCAACACAUUUAGCGAUUGUAAUGGAAUAUGCUUCUGGAGGAGAGUUAUUUGAGCGAAUAUGCAAUGCAGGGCGAUUCAGUGAGGAUGAGGCGCGAUUCUUCUUCCAACAACUUAUAUCAGGUGUUAGCUAUUGUCAUUCAAUGCAAGUAUGUCAUCGCGACUUGAAGUUGGAAAACACAUUGUUAGACGGUAGUGCAGCUCCACGUUUGAAGAUUUGUGAUUUUGGAUAUUCAAAGUCCUCGGUACUACAUUCGCAACCAAAAUCUACCGUUGGUACCCCUGCAUAUAUAGCUCCUGAAGUUUUGCUUAAAAAGGAAUAUGAUGGAAAGAUUGCAGAUGUUUGGUCUUGUGGGGUGACAUUAUACGUCAUGUUGGUGGGUGCUUAUCCUUUUGAAGAUCCAGAGGAACCUAAAAAUUUCCGCAAGACAAUACAUAGGAUUUUAAAUGUUCAGUAUUCAAUUCCUGACUAUGUUCACAUAUCACCUGAAUGCCAGCAUCUGAUUUCAAGGAUUUUUGUUGCUGAUCCUGCAAAGAGAAUAAGUAUUCCUGAGAUUAGAAACCAUGAGUGGUUUAUGAAGAACCUUCCGACUGAUCUCAUGGAUGAGAAUGGAACAAACGAUCAGUUUGAGGAGCCUGAUCAACCAACGCAAAGCGUCGAAGAAAUCAUGCAGAUAAUUGCGGAGGCGACAGUUCCUGCAGCAGGAACUCAGAGCCACAACCAGUAUCUUACUGGAAGUUUGGAUAUUGAUGAUGACAUGGAAGAGGAUUUAGACACUGAUCCUGACCUCGAUAUUGAUAGCAGUGGAGAAAUAGUUUAUGCUAUGUAA